UUAGGUUCUGAAACUUUUAAGGGUUUGUAAAACAAAAUAAACUCAUUUCAAAUGAAAUAUUUAACAACCUAGCAUCUAAUAGAAACAUCAAUUUUAUCAUCCAUUAAUUUCCUUCAACUUUCUCAGGUAAAAGAUGAAGGCAACAAUACAAAUGGCUUCAGGAAAUCUCACAUGGGUGACGGAGUUCAUUCUUGUGGGAGUCUCAGAUGAUCCUGAGCUCCAGAUUCCUCUCUUCCUGGUCUUUCUGGUGCUCUAUGUGCUGACGGUGGCAGGGAACCUGGGCAUCAUCACCCUCACCAGUGUCGACUCUCGACUUCAAACCCCCAUGUACUUUUUCCUCCGACACUUGGCUGUCAUUAAUCUUUGCAAUUCUACUGUCAUUGCCCCUAAAAUGCUGGUUAACUUCCUGGUUACCAAGAAAACCAUAUCUUACUAUGGAUGUGCAGCCCAACUGGGUGGAUUCUUGGUUUUCAUUGUGGCUGAGAUUUUCAUGCUGGCUGCAAUGGGUUAUGACCGCUACGUGGCUAUUUGCAACCCUCUGCUCUACGCAGUAGUGGUGUCUCCAAAGGUAUGUCGUCUGCUGGUGUCCCUCACAUACCUUCAGAGUCUUAUCACAGCCCUUACUGUCUCUUCCUGUGUGUUCUCUGUGUCAUACUGUUCUUCCAACAUCAUCAAUCAUUUUUACUGUGACGAUGUCCCUUUGCUAGCAUUGUCCUGUUCUGAUACCUACAUUCCAGAAACAGCAGUGUUUAUCUUUUCAGGGACCAAUUUGUUUUUCUCCAUGAUCGUUGUUCUGAUAUCCUACUUCAACAUUGUUAUUACCAUUUUGAGGAUACGUUCCUCAGAAGGACGACAAAAAGCCUUUUCCACGUGUGCUUCUCACAUGAUAGCUGUGGUUGUGUUCUAUGGGACUCUCCUUUUCAUGUAUUUGCAACCAAGGAGUAAUCACUCAUUAGAUACUGACAAAAUGGCCUCGGUCUUCUACACCCUGGUCAUACCUAUGUUGAACCCCCUAAUUUACAGCCUAAGGAACAAAAACGUGAAAGAUGCACUAAAGAGAUUCCUAGAUAACCCAUGCCGAUCACUCAAACUAAUGUAAAUUUAAAACUAAAACUAUCCUCCUUUAGUGCUUUUCAUUUUUUUCCUGAAAACUGCUAUUUUUUAAAAAAAAAAGUGGCAAGAAAUUGUUAGAAAUUCCAUUCAUUUUAGUGGAAAAUGUUUAAUUGUUCUUAUGUCAACCUCACAUACCCAAACAAGAAAACAAUGUCUAUAAAUAAUAAAAAAUAAUUUGCAAAUAAUCAGUUUGUAGACAUAGAUAAAAUGUAAGCCACUAAAGGGUUUUUAAAAUAAUUUCCAAACAAGGAAGAGAAAGCGUGGUAGUGCGUGUGGAGGUAUGUGGCAUCAUUUCUUGGAAGGUGGUCAAAACACAGAUCAUCCUCCUUGCAAGAGACAUAUUUUGUUCAGCUACUAAAAAUUAUAUUUUUAGUUUUGUAGCAUUUAUCCAUCAAGUUCAACUUUUGUGGAACUAUUUUUAUCUUGUAUUUAAAAAUAAAUUUUUAUCACAGAAAAACUACACGUGGAAAUAAGACUUAAGGGAAAACAGGCUAACAAAUUUUUUAAAGGGGAUUUUCUUUUUUCAUUAUUCUCAGUUGGUGUGUGCACCCAAAGCAAAAUGUUGAUGUUCACUCAAGUAAGACACACAAUAUUUUUCCAUCUCAUCAUAAAACAUUUGUGUAAAGUUAAUUGCCUUUGUUAUGAAACUACAAUACCAAGCAGCACUACUUUUAGCAUUUUCAUUCAGUGUAAUUUGAAAGAAAAUUUUAUUAGACAAAAAUUUUUUAAAAGAAUAUUAUCUUUAAAAUGUCGCCAGUUCUUAAGAGUCCUCCUGUUUUUUUAAAGAAAGUUAAUAGUUACUAUGAACUAUAUCUCUUUGCAUGUAGAAGGCUACUAAUGCAUGAUGGAGCGAGGGAGAGUGGCACUUAUAUGUGAAAUAAAGGUAGUGUCUGGAAAUAAAGUACAGUCAUCAUAUUUUCAGGAAGGUUAGAAGCAUACCCUAUCCAGGGACUGUGUGACUGAGAUCAGUAUUUCAACUUCUAACUUUAGCCUUAAAGGAGCAUAAUCACUGAAGCCUUAAAGUAGCAGAAUCACUGAAGGGAAUACACACUAUAUAAGGAGUAUUUCUGGUCUC